CUUACCAUAGCCAAACCACAUGCUACCAAACCAAACAUCUUGAUCACCACUAACCUUGCCACUUACGAUAUCUAGCUAAUAGUAUUAGCCAUAUAAACCGCAUCCUUGCUUGCCAGCGCGAACGUAUUAACCAUCUCUUAAUCAUGGCAGAAACGGACAAUUCCCCAGCACCGCCAACUUCUGGCGACGACAUCCAAAUCACCCUCACACACCAUGGAAAAGCUAUCGCAUUCCCCUUUGCUAAAGAUGCCACCAUUUCCGAACUUUCAGAACGUGUUGCGGCAGAACUCUCAAUACCGCCGUCGAAUCAAAAGUUCCUUAUCGGCGGUAAGAUCGGACUGCAGAAACCACCCUUUAAAGAUGCUGCGCUACCGCUCACGGAGCUCACAUCUAAAAAGAUAACACUGAUGGGAAGCACAAAGGAAGAGGUGUCAUCUCUCAACAGUACCAUAUCCGCCGCGUCGGCGCCCCGGCGACCAGGUCCUAUAAAAGCCGCCACACCAGCGCGAAAUCGAGACUACAAGAAGAUACAAGAGGAGGCGCAGUAUACCUUUCACACACUGCGCCCACUACCUUACCUCCCCAAUCCCGAACGCUCCUUGCGCUUCCUCGAGCGGUUACGCGAUGAUGUAGGCAUCAAAGCCGCCAUGCGUACACACAAAUUCAGCGUCCCGCUGCUCACCGAGAUGGACCCUGCCAUGCACACAACACAAGAGUCGCGCACGCUCGGAUUGAACCGAAACAGAGGAGAAGUCAUUGAGUUGCGACUGAGGACCGACGCAUACGACGGCUAUCGCGAUUACAAGACGAUCCGCAACACACUAUGCCACGAGCUCGCACACAACGUCUGGGGACCCCAUGAUCGCAAUUUUUGGAAUCUAUGCAAGCAGAUUGAGCGCGAGGUAGCUCGCGACGACUGGAAGAGCGGGGGCAGAAGCGUGGGCAACGAAGAGUUUUACGAGCCUACUGGCGAAGAAGAAGUACAUGACCAUGGAGGCUGGACCGGCGGGGAGUUUACUUUGGGUGGGGAGACGGUGGUUAGCAACACGGCUGGGGACAGGGAGACAGCGGUCAGCAAUACGAGUGGAGAGGGAAUGAGCAGGAGAGAAAUACUAGCACGGGCAGCGGAAGAGAGAAUGAAGAGGACGAAAAAAGCGGAGGAGGAGACAGAUGGAGCGGGAAGCAUGUGAUGUUUGUCUAGUUUUGGGAAUGGGGGUAUAUGCAUACCCAACUUCAUCGCUGAUAACCUUUCAAGAAGACUGCCAGCGGUACUGAGUGCUUACUCUGUGAUAACUGAACUCUAAAUAGGCGUAGGAUGUAGAGGGGCUACGCUCAAGAAACUAUUUCAAGGGCAGUACCGGGUGUAUUGUAUAUCUCUAUUCGAUAGAGAGGUGAGUUUUGUAGCCAGCUCAGAAUAUAGUCCUAGUACAAAUCUAAUACUGUUUUACUCCCA